AUGGCAUCAAAGAUAAUGUUGGAUAAACAAGAUGAGGUUGAAACCUCUGUCACUCAUGAAGAUCAAAAGAUGAUUAAUACAUUCGGUCGUUUAAAUAAUAGAAAGCACGAAUUGUUGAAACAAAAGAAAUAUUUAGAGGAAGAUUUAGAAAAAGCAAGAGACGCUCAAGACGACAUAUUUUUAGCAGAGGAUGAAGAUAUUAAAUACAAAUACCUCAUGGGUGAGGCAUACAUGGAAACACCAAAAGAAGAAACAGAAGAACUAUUAGAGAAAUAUAUAAACUCAUUGGAAUCUGACAUUGAAAAGAUAAAUGCUGAACUCGAAUCAAUAGCUGAAGCUCAUAAAGAAUUGAAAGUACUAUUAUACGGUAGAUUUAAAUCAUCUAUUAAUUUAGAAGAAUAA